CCGUCUUCUGCUUUAUCCUCCACCAACAACAACGAUAAUGAGCGCCUUGGCUGCGGUCCUCCCUCAACCUACGUACGCACCCACCUUGGAAGAUGGCGAGGAUGACGACGUUCCACAACUGGGUCAAGGCUCUCAACAAGUAAUUCAACGUCCCACCAUCCCACCGUAUGGACAACGUCGAGGUUGGAAACCUUCGCGUCAAGAGGACUUCGGUGAUGGUGGAUCCUAUCCAGAAUGCCCAAUCGCACAAUAUCCGUUGGAAAUGGGGAAAAAGAAGGCUUCGUCUGGCAAUACACUAGCUCUGCAGGUUGACAGCGAAGGAAAUGUUCGCUACGACGCCAUAGCACACCAAGGCCAACGACACGGCAAAAUCGUCCAAUCUCAAUUUAAAGAUUUAGUCCCCCUUGCUUACCGAAAGGACCUCGAAGAAACUGAUCGCUCUAUGGAUCGACCAUCCGAAGAAGACGUUCAAGAAACGGCAGAAAAGACUCGCGCUGCCCUCGAAAAGAUUGUCCACGGCAAGAUAAAGGCAGCUCAACCCAAAAACGUUCCUGACAGCCAAGGGAAAACAUCGUUCAUCCGUUAUACUCCUGGGCAGCAGAAUGGUGAUGGCCUCAAGCAGAGGAUAAUUAAAAUGACAGAAGUCGUGGAAGACCCGCUAGAGCCACCUCGUUUCAAGCAUAAGAAAAUACCAAGAGGACCACCAAGUCCUCCUCCUCCCGUGCUACGUAGUCCGCCUCGGAAAGCUACCGCGGCUGAGCAGAAGGAGUGGAUGAUCCCUCCAUGCAUCUCUAACUGGAAGAACAACAAGGGUUUCACCAUCCCACUCGACAAGCGUCUGGCGGCAGAUGGUAGAGGUCUACAAGACGUUCACAUUAAUGACAACUUCGCCAAAUUCUCGGAAGCUCUUUUCGUUGCAGACAGACAUGCCAGAGAGGAAGUGCGACAACGGUCGUUAAUGCAGCAGAAAAUUGCUCAAAAGGAGAAGGAAGCAAAGGAGCAGAAUUUGCGUAUGCUCGCCCAGCGUUCCCGAGAAGAAAGAGGAGGCAUCACAUCCGCGAAACCUUCAGCUCAAACUCAAGCUGCUAUGAAAUCAUCAUUAGCGGCGUAUGGAAGCGAUAGCGAGAGUGGUGGGUCCGAUGCUGAAUCCAACGAUAGCGCGGAGGAUGAGGAGGCUAGAAGGAUACGCGAUGAGAUGCGUUCAGAGAAGAGGCGCGAUAGGCAGCGUGAAAUGAGAAUGAACAAUAUGGGUCAGGAACAACGAGCCAAGCAGCUUGCACGCCAGCAGAAUCGCGACAUCUCCGAGAAAGUUGCUUUGGGGCUUGCAAAGCCUACACUUUCGAAGGAGAGUAUGUUGGAUUCGAGGUUGUUCAACCAAGAGUCUUUAUCGAGCAACUUUGCCGAAGACGAGUCCUACAAUCUCUACGACAAACCCCUCUUCCACGGGUCUACCGCUGCAGCAGCGAUAUAUAAAGCCCGAGGUGAUAUUCAGGAGGGUAAUGAUGAGUCCUUUGGUGGAGGUACGGACGAGGGAAUUGGAAAGGCGCUGGAUAACGAUCGAUUCAGUCUGGGCAAACCUAAAGUUGGUUUCGAAGGCGCCAACGAACAGGAGGUUCGGGAAGGUCCCGUACAAUUCGAGAAGGAUACUGGGGAUGUCUUCGGUGUGAAUCAGUUCCUGUCAGAGGCAAGUACUGGGAAGAAACGUGGCCUGGAUUCUGCAGGUGGUAGUGGUUCGCGGAAACGUCAGCAACUUGACAGGGCUGAGGACCGGGAGUAGUUUGUUUGUAUUUCUAUCUCUAUAAUCCAUUAUGAGACCUGUAUGUUCUGGUUUUGACGGGAUACUUUCCGGUGGCAUUGAGCCAAGUAGGAGUACCAGAGUUUGAAACAGCUCAAUCUUAUCUUAUUUAAAGUUACGUAAUCCAUCGCAAUAUUUCGUGAGAAUCUUAGUCCACGAAGUUGGACACACGUACACCCACUGAUGAUCAUGUCGUGAAGUCGUUCUCGCCUUCUCACUUACUGGUAUCCGAUGUAAAAAAACUUCCACGGGAUUCCGUCGCCAAAAGGAUAUUUGGUAUCUAUCGCAACUUGCCUUACCCUUGUCAUGGGCCAAUCGUGAACCCACAGGCUUUAUGAAAGACAGGAAUUGACAUCGGUUACACCUAUUCAAUUCAUGGAUGUAUUAAGCUGGAGACUCUGGGUGGAGACUCUAGGUGGCUGGUCUCAUUGGACACGAGUUGGAGAUCCAAGCUACAUCUGACUCCACCAUACGCCUAUGGAAGCUCCUUUCAUCGAGCAGAUCCUUACGCAUAUCAGGUGCAAGCUGAUAUUCCUUGGAUAUGGUCUAAAUGAAUGCGUUUUCCGCACUUCAACCUUCAGGCGAACCUGAAUCCUAAUGAUCUAUACAUCUUUGGCAACCCUUGGAGUCUGUUGGAGACACCUGUUGCAUUGCGGACCCCGUCAUAAUACAUAUCGUCAAGCUGAAGAAGCAAUACUUGCAUUGCGUUGCCGGCUGUCGCUUGAUCUUUGUAGUCGGGCAUUUGACAGCCCUGGCAGUGGAUGCCCGCGAUACCAACCAGACCAGACCUGACCCUAUUCUUGGAUAUUGCACCCAAACGUCCAUCGAACUGUAGCAACUUACGCAUGGAAACGGUAAUUGCAUAGACACUUCCAUACUUGGCCUAUACAUGCACUCGGACGGCCUCCUCUAGCCUCCUCUCCUGUCGGAUACUCAUGGAAAUCCAAAUAUGUACAUCAACUCACCCUCCGGCGUCCCUUUUCCUUGCUCUAGGACAGUAGGUCGCCACUGAUAAAUUGACAUGGUGUGUACCAAGUUUGAUUUAGCGCAAAAAUGUUUUUUCUUUUCACGGUUCAUGACCUUAUCAUGCUGCAACUCAGCGUCCUUUAAUUGUUUCGCACAUGGGCACAUAGUGUGGUGCUGGUGGUCCAGGCUUUCGCGGCGUCUCAUUGUACAGUAUUAUCCUGACUGUGUCGGCCUUUACGGUGUGCUACGACCAUCGGUGGUCCUGAAUCAAGGAGUUUUCUGUACUACUCCCGCGGGUUCGUCGCUUUGCAUAUUUCCGUUGUGCAUCCAGGGCUCGCCGC